AAGCUCCCAUAGGCCACCUUGGCUGGCCCUUAUCCGUACACGUCCAUUUAGACCACGCCACGCAAGCACUUGUUCUUCUUCCUCCAUUCUCAUUCUGCCACCAUGAAGCUAGCAGCUGCCUGCGCCUCGAUGGAGGUGAAGGCGAAGCCGGCGAGGGGCGGGAAGAGGACCAGGGCAAGCGUCGGCACGGCCGGGACGCCGACGGAGAAGCUACUGAUGGAGAAGAAAGACUCGGAGAAGGAGAGGCGGCAGCGCAUGAAGGCGCUCUGCGACAAGCUAGCGUCCCUCAUCCCCAAAGAAGACAACCCCCACGCUGAUACAGUGACCCAACUAGGCAGCCUGGAUGUGGCCGCAUCAUACAUCAAGAAGCUCAAGGAGAGGGUAGAUGAGCUGCAACGUAAGAAGGCCUCAAUGCAAGCCAUGGCUACCUCACGGGGAGUUAAUGACAUCAGAACGCCCACAACCACCACAAACACAAGUAGCGGUUGCGGGUCACUGGAAGGAGAAAAAUAUUUGGAGGCAUCACCAACAGUAGUGGAGGUGCGACAAUCCGACGAAUCAAGCAUGGAGGUGCGGCUGAUAUGCAGCACGAAGAGACCGAUCAAGCUCCAUGAGGUGAUCACCAUUCACGAAGAAGAAGGGGCCGACAUCGUCAACGCCAAUCAUUCUGUUGCUGGCCACAAAAUAUUUUACACUAUACACUCCCGGGCCUUCAGCACAAGAAUUGGCAUAGAUGUUUCAAGAAUUAACGAACGACUGAGAGCAUUGGAUGUGGUGGCAGCAACAACGAUCAGCAUGGACAAAAAAGGUGGCAACAAUCAUUGUCAAUACUCCAACUGUGAUAAUGGUGGGUGCUCAUGCCUCCAACGUUCCAGCAAGAUGGGCCCUCCCUCCCUAAAGGGUUCGAAGCUCUUGGACCAUAUCUUUGAAGACAACGAUAAUCAACCUCCCAAUUAUAUGACAACCUACUACAUCGAUACAAACUCAUAUGCAGGUAAGGGAGCAUGGACAACAUAACAAGUGACCUAAAUCAACUCACCUUCCACAACUAUUGCAAGGGGGAGUAUCAACUGUACACAACCAACAUGUGAGGAAUGCACAUUAGUCAUGUUGAUUACUAUAGAAUUUGUACUUACACCAAUAGCCACCAUCUUGAUAAUAGCCAUCAUGUUCCUAAGGCUGCAAAAACACUCUUUUAUGUAAAUCAACCCACUUAAUGGGUAUAAUGCUUUUUAUGGAAUUUA